UUUUAGGAAAAACGUUCCCGAAUGCGGGAAAAAAUAUUAUUUAUUCAACUAAUCUUUAAGGUAAAGGGCGAACACGAAAUUAUUGCGACACAUUCAACAGGGCAUAACUUUUUUACCAUUGGGUAAAAAUCAACCAAAUUUUGCACACUUUCUCAUUGAUGUGUAUUGUUUACAUGCUGUCAAACUCGAUGUCGUGUUUUUCGAUUCAACGAAAAUGGAGGUGAACCAACGCGAGUCGAGAGAACAAAUUCUUUCCAAACACCUGGAAUUUCCUGACCUGUCGCACCGGCAGUUGGGAAAAAUGUUGAACAUUCACCAUUCAACCGUCUCCAGAGUGUUGAAGCGGUUCCAGGAGCGGUUGACGUUGGACCACGGCAAAGGAGCUGGAAGAAAGCCGGGACCGGAGAACAAAAAGACGGAGGGAAAGGUGAAGCGGAUUAUUAAAGCAAAUCCCAACGUCUCAAGCCGUAAUUUGGCUAAAAAGAUCGGCAUAGCUGGACUACAUACAUACAAGGUACAGAACUUCCCAAACCGCGAUGAGCGGCAACAAUCGACGGCUAAAACUCGGGCACGGAAGCUCUACGAGAAGAUGCUGACAAAAUAUGGCUGCUGUGUGAUGGCCGACGAAACGUAUAUAAAAGCGGAUUUUAAGCAAAUUCCGGGGUUGGAGUUUUUCACCGGCAAGAGCAAGUUCUAUGUGGACGACAAAUUUAAGAAGAAGAAAAUGUCGAAGUUCGCCUCCAAAUAUCUCAUUUGGCAGGCCAUCUGCUCUUGCGGACUGAGGAAUGAGCCUUUCGUGACAAAGGGCACAGUAAAUGGCGAGAUCUACAAAUCUGAGUGCCUCGAGAAGCGCCUUUUGCCGUUCUUGCAGCAGCACGACGAAGCUCCGCUAUUUUGGCCAGAUUUGGCAUCAUGCCACUAUUCUAAAAGUGUCCUGGAGUGGUAUGAGGCCAAUUCUGUCCAUUUUGUUCCAAAGGACAGGAAUCCGCCAAACUGUCCGGAGCUGCGCCCGGUGGAGCAGUACUGGGCAAUGAUGAAGCGGGAACUUCGGAAGAGCAAGAAGACAGUCAAAGACGAGAAGGACAUGUUAAGAAAAUGGAAAAAUAAACUGAGAAAGUGGUACCGGAUGACACUGUAUAGACUUUGAUGGAGGGCAUCAAGCGAAAAUGCGUUCAAUUUUA